GAGCGACGUAAAUACCGUUAGCACAGUACAUCGUGGACAGUUGAGCGUGCAAGUUUGGGCAACCAGAAGCGCCAGCCGAUUCUAUCAGAAAGGCCAACAAAUACAAAUCAAAACAGAGAAAAAAGAGCAAAGAAUUUUAAGCCCGAGGUUUUUCCCAAAAAAAAAACAAAAUGGCAGCCCAAUAAGCUCGAAAAACGCUUAGUAACGAAUACGGUAUUUAGUUUUGGCCAGUUCGCACAGUUUUUUCGGUUCCCCAGCUGUGUGUUACAUAAAUCUCAGUGAUUGUGUGAGUGUGCGAGAAGAGAGUGCUCAUGUGUGUGUGUGUGCGACUAACAGCGACAGCAGCUAAGAAAAUAUAAAAAGCAUCCAAAAAUUAUAGAAAAGCAACUCCCCGAUUUCGAUAUAUCCUUUGUGUGCUUAGUCAAUUGGGCCCGAGCCCAAAAGCAGUUUCGGUGUCAAUUACGAGAAAGUUACUACCAAAAGUAUAUUACGCAUACGCAGCGGUGUCUGAGGUACACGCACUCAGAAAGCAGCCAAGAAGCAACCAGUCGAAGCAAUGUUCGUCUCCCAUCAGAUACCCAAUAUCUAAUUCACAUAUAAAGAAUAUAAAUCUAUAUGAAUAUAAACUUACGAUAAUGCUAUUGAUAAGACUAUAUAGCGCACACGAAUAACCAGAACCCAACUCGAACACGCCACAAAGACAACACCGGACAACCCAGAACUCGAAACAAAAACAAAUUGCGGCACAAUCGAAUACGAAUAAGAACACAAAUACAGCUCCACACUGAACCAAUAUCAAAUAGAACGAAUGUGCAUAUUGCUAAUUAAAUUACGAAUAGCCAAAGCUAAUUAAGCAACAAUAGAACAAUACAGCAGACACACACAUGGCCAGUCCAUAUCCAGUCCUACCUUCCAAUAAUCGUCCGCCUCUAGCCACACCAUAUAGAUAAGCUGCCACUUUUAGCAGCCAAGACAGCCAAAACAGCAAAGCCCACAACACUGAACAAAACAUAUUUAACAAACACGGGAGGAGAACAGCAAUAUUGAAUACCAAAUAUCAUAUAGCAAAUAGCAUAUAGCAAAUAGCAAAUACCAAGCCAAAUAUCAAACUAGAUUGCCUUGCUACCCGUAUAAAUGUCUACCUAGAUGUACUGUUUGAUCGUUCCAACCCGUAAUGAAAGUAAUGAACACCCAAUCCUGCUAUCUGUGUGCCUUCGAAUGUGCAGUAAAUGCAGCUUCUGCAUCGGCUGAGCACGCUAUGCCCAAUAUCUUCUAUGCCACCUAUAGCUAACCCGACUGCAGCUACUCGACCAGGCCGACACAUGUAAAUACAGACCACACGAACACACCCACACCUCCAGAUCGGGUCAGAUACGAUCAGAUCCAAUCCGAUCAGAUCACAGAUCCCAGUUUUCAGUUCCUGAGUUCUCAGCCAUUGGAUUUCCCGACACCGAUACCGAUACCGAUACCGAUACCGAUACACUCACACAUUCCGAGCCCAGAAUCCUGAAAUCGCGCGAAAGGCGACGACACACGAGCUGAAAUAGAUCCGUCGACAGGGGCGCCGGGCUCAGGAUCCGGAUCGGGACCGGGAUCGCCACACCACCAGCAGUCCAACCACCAGCACUACCAACACCACCACCACCACCACCAGCCGCCGAUCAUGGAGCACGCCGGCGCGCCGAUCUCCACGUCCGCCUCGAACAUAGCCACCGUGCUGGAGGACGGCGAGAACCAGCAGCUGCCGCCCUUGACGGGAUCGGGACCUAGUCGCCAGAGAUCUCUGAGGGACCGGCUCAAGGACGGCAUCACCGGCAGCUUCUCCUGGCAGAGCAAAUCGCGCAGCGUGGAUCACGGCCUUGCGGCUCCAUUCGACUUGGACUCGCUCCGCUCCAAAGUGGAGCAGCGCUUCGAGAGCGUCGACAAACUAUCAAGGCAAAAGUCUUCAUUGCCCACCAUACCCACCAUUUCCUACACCGUGGGCAAUCGCGACACCCUGACAUCCGUGGCCGCCCGGUUCGACACCACGCCAUCGGAGCUGACCCACCUCAACCGGCUGAACAGCUCCUUUAUCUACCCGGGCCAGCAGCUGCUGGUGCCGGACAAGAGCGCCAAGGACGACGCCUCCAGCAGCUCCACCCACGACGCGGACGGCGCCAGCCUGUCCGGCAAAUCGAGUCCGGUCGAGCGCAAGCUGUCCGGCGACGAGAGCCGCGAGAAAGACAUACUCGAGGGCCUGCGCCCCGGAUCCCCAAAACCGGGACACAUCGAGCGCGUGGGCGGCAGUAGCCAGCAGCAGCAGGCGGAGGAGGAGGCCAACAAAAGCGACGAUCCGGUGAUCACCCAGCGCUUCCUCAAGAUCAAUGUGCGCCACAUCACAGACGGACAGGGCGUGGUGGGCGGCGUCUUGCUGGUCACGCCCAACGCCGUUAUGUUCGAUCCCAACGUCAGCGAUCCCCUGGUCAUCGAGCACGGCCCGGAGAGCUACGGCGUCAUUGCGCCCAUGGAGCUGGUGGUCAACGCCGCCAUCUUCCACGACAUAGCGCACAUGCGAGUGGCCGGAGGAGCAGGUCAGGGCCUGAACUCCGCCUCGGGAGACGCGGAGAAGCCGGAGAUCUACUAUCCCAAACCAGUAUUAGUCGAAGAAGACUCCAAGGAGCUACCCGAGCAGCAGUCGCUGCUGGGCGAAGACGGUAAUAAGCGCUUGGAUGCAGAAAUAGGGUCGCUGGAGAUCGCUGACGACCAAGAGUCGCUGUGCUCUAGCACUGGACGCGAUGGCGACGCGUUUCCCAAAGCCUUCGACCGCGAACGUGUGGAGGACUCUUCUAUGGAAGCCAAAGAUAGCGCUAAGACUGACGCUCUAGACGAUGAAGACAAGAAGGCCGGCCUGGGCCUCUCCAGCACUCGCUCCACCCUCGAGGAGCGGCGCAAGAGUUUGUUGGAUCACCACUGGGCCAUUCCGAGCAAAGACCGCUAUUGUUUGUCUAAUUCUCGAAGAUCCUCGGAAGAUGAGGGCGACAACGAGUCUAACGUUACCGUGGACAGUGGCGCACGUGUCCAGGAUCCGCACUCGGCCAAUAGCUCGGUCAGUGGCGUGCCGCUUGGCCAGCCCCUUGUGGCUGCCGCUGCAGCUGCCGCCGCCGUCGCACCCACCUCAGCCGUCGCUCCUCUGCCUCCCUCGGGCAUUGACCUGGAGCACUUGGAGCAACUGUCCAAGCAGUCUUGCUACGACUCGGGCAUCGAUAUACGCGAGCCCGUUCCCAACGUACAGCCGAUACCAAAGAAAACCGUCUACAGCGACGCGGACAUUGUCCUCAGCUCCGACUGGGUACCACCGAAAACCAUUGUGCCGACGCACUUCAGCGAGUCCCCGCCGCGCAGCACCAUCCUUGGCCAGAGUCUCGACGCCGGCACAGGAGGCGCAGGGGGCGUCCGUAAGAAGACCUCGAGCGUGAGCUUCAGCGUCGACGACGAGGCUGCCCAGCAGGCUCAGGCCCAGGCGGCUGCACUGGCUGCCACAGACAAGCAGGCGGACAAGAAGAACAAGAUGCUUAAACGUCUCUCAUACCCCCUGACCUGGGUGGAGGGCUUGACUGGGGAGGGUGGAGCCGUGCCGCCCGGCGGCGUGGGCAGUGGAAGCCUGAACAAGUCGGGAGACACAGACUCGGCGCCCAACACGGGUGACUCCAACCAAAGUGUAUUUUCGAAAGUAUUCUCAAGCUCGCCCAUCACUCUGGUCUCAGAGCUGGGCGGGAAUCUCUUUUCGAAAACACCGUCCGAGGACUCUGGUGGCUCACCUGUGCCGCCAUUGACUCCGCAUUCGACUCAUUCCGAGGGUCACAUGACCUAUGGACGUUCCUCAAUCGGUACCUUUAUUCGUCCUCACUCCUCGGAGGGCACUUCGUCCAGCACCAAGCUGAAGGAGGCCAAGCAGGCGCCCAAGCUGGACUAUCGUUCCAUGGUCUCCAUGGACGACAAGCCGGAACUCUUUAUCAGUGUGGACAAACUCAUCCCACGACCGGCUCGAGCCUGCCUUGACCCACCAUUGUAUCUACGCCUGCGCAUGGGCAAGCCCAUCGGCAAGGCCAUUCCGCUGCCAACCUCUGUCAUGUCCUACGGCAAGAACAAGUUGCGCGCUGAGUACUGGUUCAGUGUGCCAAAGAAUCGCGUUGAUGAGCUCUAUCGCUUCAUAAACACCUGGGUGAAACACCUGUACGGUGAGCUGGACGAAGAGCAGAUCAAGGCGCGUGGCUUCGAGCUGAUUCAAGAGGACACCGAGUGGACCAAGAGCGGCACCACCAAAGCCGGCAUGGGAGGCGGCAGCCAGGAUGGCGAGGAGAUUAGCGACCUGACCCGCGAGUCCUGGGAGCUUAUAAAGGCGCCGUUCGCCAAGACCUACAAGAUCAUAAAAACGGCAUCGCAUGCCGCAUCGCAUGACCUGGAAAUGCUGGGCGGCGAGGUGCUGUCAAUGAGCACAGAUGAAUAUCGCAAGACCUCGCUCUUUGCCACCGGUUCCUUCGACCUGGACUUCCCCAUACCAGACCUGAUCGGCAAGACAGAAAUCCUCACAGAGGAGCAUCGCGAGAAGCUCUGCUCACAUCUGCCGGCUAGAGCCGAGGGAUACUCCUGGUCCCUGAUCUUCAGCACCUCACAACAUGGUUUCGCCCUGAACUCCCUGUACCGCAAAAUGGCGCGUCUGGAGAGUCCAGUUCUGAUUGUCAUUGAGGAUACGGAGCACAACGUAUUUGGUGCCCUCACCUCCUGCUCACUGCAUGUGUCGGAUCACUUUUACGGCACCGGUGAGUCCCUGCUCUACAAGUUUAACCCCAGCUUCAAGGUGUUCCAUUGGACUGGCGAGAAUAUGUACUUCAUCAAAGGCAACAUGGAGAGCCUUUCGAUUGGCGCUGGAGACGGUCGUUUUGGCCUGUGGCUGGAUGGUGACCUGAACCAGGGACGAUCGCAGCAGUGCAGCACAUACGGCAAUGAGCCUCUGGCGCCACAAGAAGACUUUGUUAUCAAAACACUCGAAUGCUGGGCAUUUGUUUAAGUGAAUUUCUGUUGUCGACAACAAACAUAUUUAAGGAUGGGAGCGAGGGCCUCCUGCCGACCUAUCUAUUUAAUUAACUAUAUGUACUUGUACUAAAAACCAACAACCUGAGAAAGAUGUCAAAAGCUGGUGUGCGUCCAAGGAUCCUCCCUUCGGAACGGUCCACACAGCCCGAACCCCGAAACACUUGAAUACACCAACACCACCACAUGAAGAUGGUUUUGAAGGGAUCUGAUCUGAAGAAAAAUGCUUGUGAAAACUCGGUUCUCGGAAGCAACUGCGAGUUAGCUAUGCGUUGGAACGUAUUAAUUAUUUAGUUUUUAUAUCAUAUAUUAUUAAACAAAAGCAACUAAAUUAUGUGUUAGACUUAAACAAAACAAAACAGAACAUGAGAACACCCAAGAAACAGACUAGCGACACGGAAACUUAAGCGAAAACAAUUGAGGAUAACAUUUGAGGUCAUCACACAUCUCCAUGAAAAACAUGGCACACGCAUACACCCACACACGCCCACAUGAAAACACACAUUUAAUUAUAAACACCAAAUUGUGAGAAGAGACAUAUAGAAAAAAGGCAGGUUUUUAUCAUUUAUCGUGUCAGUUCUCUUGAUUGAUUUCAGUUUGAAUUUAGUUUCGAUUGUUUGAGUUACUAGAGUUAUUUGAGAACAUUGUGAAAAGCGAAGCGAGCUGAGAGAUGAGAAAAAUAAAAAGAAUGUCGAUAUAAUUUUUAGUGCAAAAGUGCUGAUUGCAAGUAAAACUAAAGCGAAGAUAACUUUAAACCAUUUGACUUUUAUGUAUAUGUAAAGAAGGAGCCGCGAAGAGCUGAGAGCGAGCGUUUUAUUUUUAGUUUUACACGAUAUACAUACAUACAUAUAUUUAAUUACGAUUAUUUUAAUGCUAAUGAUGUUGACUUUUAUGCAAUUAUACUAAAACAAAAACAGAAACAACACCAGAAUGAAAUACACAAUAUAAUACAACCAAA